AUGCCAAUAUCAGAAAUGCAAGCACGCGUCUUCUACGAAAACCUCGUUGGACAGCGCAAAAUUCCUGGAAGUGAAGAGAUGAAAAAAUCAAUAAAAGAGAAGCGACAGGCAAUGGAAAUAAGAUAUGUAAAUAGUCCACGGCACACUAUUCAGGUUGAUUUCAUUUCUUAUAUGGACGAGUUAGCGGACUUAGUUGGUUGUAAGCCUGAUAUGAAAGAGCUUUUCCUCUCUGAUCCAUUUCUAGCAUUGCAGGCAACAAGCUCCGCUCCAUACCCCACAAACUACGAACGUUAUACCUAUAUCGCAGUCGCUUUACUUACCAUAUUUUUACUUCUGUUUAUUUUCUAA